AUGGCCUCCCUCAAUACUUCUACCAACGGCCCUUCGAUCUCUAAAAGCUACCAAGCCAUCGUCAAUGCUCCUGCUCCCUCCGGGGCAGCCGCGAGCUCCCCAACCUACGGACAAUGGGCCGUCUUCUCGGUCUCAGCUCCCUUAGCGAAUGCUUUCCAGCAGGAUUCAGCGAAUAAGGAGAGCGUCCUUAAAGUUCAAAGUACUGGCGAGGGAGAACUCAUUGAUCUGGUGGACGAGUUCUCAGAUGGACGGAUACAGUUUGCAUUUGUCAAGGUCAAGGACUCCAAUACCGGUCUGCCCAAGUGUGCUUUGAUCGCUUGGUGUGGUGAAGGAGUACCAGAGAGAACAAAGGGGUAUUUCACCAGCCACAUGAACACCGCUGCGAAGCUCUUCCACGGUUACCAUGUACAGAUAACCGCGAGAUCAGACCAGGACCUGACGCCCGAGGGUAUCAUUCAGAAGGUGGCAGAUGCAUCUGGCUCCAAAUACUCUUCCAGCAGCACUGUUCCGCCGCCCGUUGCGGCCUCUACGAAGCCCUCUGUUGCUUCGAAGCCUGUUUUUACUCCAACCCAAAGCAGCGGCGUAUCUGGAGGGUAUAACUCUGUCGGACGGUCAGCACCUAAGCGCGAGGCGAACGUCGAUGCGGAUGGCUGGGGAGAUGACGCACCCCCGGUAGUUCGGACGCAGCUAGAAAAGGUCCAGCCAGCAUAUCAGCCCACAAAGGUCAAUAUGAGGGAGCUUACGUCUCAGCCGACUUCAUCGUCAACAUUCAGUAGCAGCCAAGGAGACGAUAGACCCGGUGUGGUCAAGGGUGCAUAUCAGCCGGUAGGCAAAGUCGAUAUCGCCGCUAUUCGGCGCCAGGCUCAAGAGUCUGGUCAGUUACGGGAUGACCGCCCCACGAUUGUGAAGGGAUCCUACGAACCGGUUGGCAAGGUUGACAUUGCUGCCAUCCGGGCUAAGGCACAAAAGCCAGAGGAUUCUUCGGGCUUUUCAAAUCCUGCACCAGUUUCUGCCACUACUACCGGUCCCUCCGAAGAACCAGAACGGCCACGCUCGUUGGCUGAGCGAUCAGCUGCCUUUUCUCAAGGCCCAGAGCGCCUGACAUCCUUGCCAAAGCCGAAAGUGGCGAAUAAGUUUGGAGGUGGUUCGACAUUUACGGGUACAAAGGCACCCGUCCCAGGAGGCUUCGAGGCUAAACCCGUCACUCCGGCAGCGCCUGUCGGGGCGGCAAGCAGAACCUUCGCUGACCAAGGAGGCAAGACGCCCGCGCAGCUUUGGGCCGAGAAGAAAGCGCGCGAAAGAGGGGUUAGCGGAUCAGGAGAGCCGCCUCUAUCUCCAUCUGGGCAUUCCGGACAGAGCCCAAUCGUGUCACAAAAGAGUGGUGACGGAGGAUGGAAGAGCGGUUACACGGGCAAAAGUUGGGCACCCGUGCAGACAACACACACGGGUCGCAGCAGCAUCGGUCAACAAGUCACUGGAGGCAGUGCAAGUAGAGAGCAAGAACUGGAAGUCCCUACUUCACCUAGCGGUAUUGGAUCUCUUCGCGAUCGCUUCAGUGGUGCUCCGCCAAUGGGCGCGCCGGCCUCUUUCGACCGGGCACCACCCCCUGCACCUGAACCAGACACGAGCAACAAGCCGAACCGUGGUAUUCCGAUACCCGGUCUUGCCAUGCCGCAGAACGAACUAGAGGAGGAGAGUGCGCCUGCGCUGCCUACUCCACCUCCGCAGCCUCGAAGCCCUACUCCUCCCACUCCAGUUAUGAGAGAGGCUUCCCCCAUCCGGGUUGCAGUGCCAGUCAGUGCAUCGGCGGCCCCAGCCGAGGUAGCUGACGCGCACGAUGAGCAACUAUCUCCGCCGCCCGCCGUGCCGGUGGCGUCCAUGGCCAGGGCCAUCCCUACACCUGCUGAGGAGGAUGAUGAGCCCGCGCGCGAGCCUGACUUUGGCAGAGCUGCAGCGCAGGCAGAGGCCGCGGCAACUAUGGGCCACGAAGCGGUGGAAGCUGCGCCAGCAGCGGUGCCUGGAGGUGAACGUGCGAGAGCCGAGUACGACUAUGAAGCUGCGGAAGACAAUGAAGUUUCUCUACGUGAAGGCGAACUCGUGAGCGACAUCCAGCGAAUUGACCCCGAUUGGUGGCUGGUGAAGAACGAAGCUGGACAAACCGGACUCGUUCCAAGUAACUACCUCACUCUGCUGGAGGGGGAGGAGCCGGCCGCUGCCGCUCCAUCGGUUGAAGCAACCACCGCAGCAGCUCCUGCAGUGCCCGAGCCUGCAGCCGUACACGGCGCCACAGCCACGGCACUUUAUGACUAUGAAGCAGGAGAAGACAACGAGCUGUCGUUCCCUGAGAAUGCCGUCAUCACCAAUGUGACAUUCCCUGACGAGGACUGGUGGCACGGCGAGUACAAUGGACAGUCAGGACUCUUCCCAGCGAACUACACGAAGCUGAACGAAUGA